UUCAGCACCUCAGGCAGUUCUGGAUUUGGGAAUUGUUUUGGUUCCUCCUUACUUCCUUCUAUUUGUUGGACCAGAAAUUCAUACAGAGCUUUCUGAACUAAUUCACCAGGUCUGAUGAUGAGCUUAUUUAGACCAGCCAAAAUAAUUGUUAGCCAGGGACACAGGACUUCAACCUCCCUGCAGAAAAUCCCUGACAUCUGACGUAGGAGGAUUUAUAGGUUUAGUGGAAAUUGCUUUCUCCUGCUCUCCAGAUUACAGACUGUGGGUUGAAUUUUUUUUUUCCGUGAAUAAACAUCUUUCUAAUAAUGAACAGACCGAUAAUGUCUUAAGAGAGAAAAAGAACAUCCUUUUCCUUUUUUUUUUUUUUUGCUGUUUCUUCAGAGAACUAUUUGGAUUUGGAAACCCACGUUGGCCAUCCAGAAUAUGAAAGUUGGCGUUUUCUUUUUGUGGUGGGCGUGGGUUUUGCCUACUGAAAGCAGAGUGCACUGGCGAAAAAGAGACAUACAGGAGAUGUCGAAGAAAGGCAGCCCAAUUCUUAAACGAAGCCCUGAUAUUACGAAAUCGCCACUAACAAAAUCAGAGCAGCUUCUGAGGAUAGAUGACCACGAUUUCAGCAUGAGGCCUGGCUUUGGAGGGCCGGCCAUUCCUGUUGGCGUGGACGUGCAGGUGGAGAGCUUGGACAGCAUCUCAGAGGUGGACAUGGACUUCACGAUGACCCUCUACCUGAGGCACUACUGGAAGGACGAGAGGCUGUCCUUCCCAAGCACCAACAACCUGAGCAUGACAUUUGACGGCCGGCUGGUGAAGAAGAUCUGGGUCCCCGACAUGUUUUUUGUGCACUCCAAGCGCUCCUUCAUCCACGACACCACCACAGACAACGUGAUGCUCCGGGUCCAGCCUGACGGCAAAGUGCUCUACAGCCUCAGGGUUACAGUGACCGCCAUGUGCAACAUGGAUUUCAGCCGGUUUCCCCUGGACACACAAACGUGCUCGCUUGAAAUUGAGAGCUAUGCCUACACGGAAGAUGACCUCAUGCUCUACUGGAAGAAAGGCAAUGACUCCUUAAAGACAGACGAGCGGAUCUCCCUCUCCCAGUUCCUCAUCCAGGAAUUCCACACCACCACGAAGCUGGCCUUCUACAGCAGCACAGGCUGGUAUAACCGUCUGUACAUCAACUUCACGUUGCGUCGCCACAUCUUCUUCUUCUUGCUCCAAACCUACUUUCCCGCCACCCUGAUGGUCAUGCUGUCCUGGGUGUCCUUCUGGAUCGACCGCAGAGCCGUGCCCGCCAGAGUCCCUUUAGGGAUCACCACGGUGCUGACCAUGUCCACCAUCAUCACGGGCGUGAACGCCUCCAUGCCCCGCGUGUCCUACAUCAAGGCCGUGGACAUCUACCUCUGGGUCAGCUUUGUGUUCGUGUUCCUCUCGGUGCUGGAGUACGCGGCCGUCAACUACCUGACCACCGUACAGGAGCGGAAGGAGCGGAAGCCGCAGGAGAAGCUUCCCUGCACCUGCGGGUUGCCUCAGCCACGCGCGGUCCUCCUGGACGGCAGCUACAGUGACGGGGAGGUGAAUGACCUGGGCAACUAUACCCCCGAGAACGGAGACAAGCCCGACAGGAUGAUGGUGCAGCUGACGCUGGCCUCGGAGAGGAGCUCCCCGCGGAGGAAAAGCCAGAGGAGCAGCUACGUGAGCAUGAGGAUUGACACCCACGCCAUCGAUAAAUACUCAAGGAUCAUUUUUCCAGCUGCAUACAUCUUAUUCAAUUUAAUAUACUGGUCGAUUUUCUCAUAAAUGCCUGUAAUUCUAUACAUUUCACAUUCUUCUGUAUGUACUACAGAAAUAAUUGAAUGAUGAGACAUAAUUUAAGGUUAUGAUGAAAAGAAAGUUCCCAGUACCCACCCUUCUCCAGCUUUCCAAAACUACACUGACAAGGCACUUACUGGUUUAAUUUACACUUAUUAACCGUUUAUCGUAUACACAGCAUUAUAUUUGGUACUGCAGGUAUAGAGAUACCCAUAGCAACUGAUGAUAGUUGUUACUGGGAUCUCUUAGAAAAGUGCACUGCUUUUCUAAGAGAAAAGGCACCCUGGGGUGGGGUAGGCACACUGUAGUUCAACCUCUUUUAGACUCUAGAUACUUAUUCAUACGAACCAUAUCCUUUGUGUGAGCGUGACUCUAUUCUCUGGACCAGGUGGACCUGGGAAGCACCUGAAGUUCUUUUGUUGCUGUUGUUUAGUCAGUAAGUUGUGUCCAACUCUUUGCGACCUCAUGGACUGUGUAGCCCAGCAGGCUCCUCUGUCCAUGGGAUUUACCAGGCAAAAAUACGGGAAACAGUUGCUGUUUCCGUCUCCAGGGGAUCUUCCUGACCCAGGUAUCAAACCCACAUCUCCUGUAUUGGCAGGCGGAUUCUUUACUGCUGAGCCACUCAUUUACGUGCACCUAAAUCCCCACUUUGACCAAAACUUAUGCUUCAGUCUGUAGCCUCUUACCUAUUUAAUAUGCAUUUUUUUGUGUUGGUUUCAUUACAAGGCAAUAAUAAUAUUCCUACUUUAUUUACAUCUUGUGGUUCCUGAGGAUUCACCUCUUCACAAGAAAAGCUCUUUAGAGUGGUACAGUGGUUUCUGAUUUUGGUAGGUAUUUCCCUGGUAGGGAAACUUUGAAGAAGAGACUAUUUGCAGGCAUUUUGUCAGUUUUGUCAUAGGGGUAACUAGUCUAGAAAAUUUGUGUGUGAGUAUUCCCUGUUUGGAGAAGGCAAUGGCACCCCACUCCAGUACUCUUGCCUGGAAAAUCCCAUGGACGGGGGAGCCUGGUGGGCUGCUGUCUCUGGGGUUGCACAGAGUUGGACACGAUUGAAGUGACUUAGCAGCAGCAGCAGCAGCAUUCCCUGUUUAAUAAUCACUGCUUCAUGAAUCUCCACCUUGCAGCAUGUCCAAAUUCAAAGUGAAGUUAGUAAUGUGAUAUCUUUACUGAUGAACCUGGGAUUAGACUGACUUUUUUCUGCAUAACCAUGGCAAGGAAAUGCAUAAUUUGGGACUACCUAUAACUUGUUAGGAUGAGAAAUACAUGGUUACUGAAUGUAGAAGAAAAUGCCAAAAUGAAAAAGAAAUGGUUACACAUCACUGGACAUCUCCAUUUAUACUCAGUGAACACCAGCAUCUUCUGUGAACCAGAAAACAAUGGCCACUGAUAUCAGGGCAGGGGAUAAAGGAGAGGGUUCUAAUUUGGUGUAUUAUUUAAACAACAUAUAGCUAUUCAUACUAUAUAGCCACAGGAUCA